CAUUUGCGGAAAUACGAGAGUGAAUACCAAACCCCAAAAAAGAUACCUAUAAACAAUUAGGGUUUCACUGUUCACCACACUCUCCAAAUCACAAUACAAUACAAUGGCGGACGCAGAUUUCACCGGAGUUGUUAUCCGCUUUCACGACGGCAAGGGUUACGGUUUCAUCAAACCGGACGACGACGACGGCGGCGAAGAUCUCUUCGUUCACCAAUCGGAGAUCCAAGCCGACGGUUACCGGAGCCUCCACGAAGGUCAGAAAGUUAGGUUUUCAGUUAUCGAUAAGAAUAACCGUCAACAAGCUGUUAAUGUUACUGUUGUUGAUGGAUCUGGUGGCGAUAGGCCUCGUAACCGUGACGGUUACGGCGGUGGUGGUCGUAGAGGCGGUGGCGAUGGUUACGGUUACGGCCGUGGUUCGUACAACGGUAACGGCGGCGGAGGUUCGUUCAACGGUGGUUAUCGGAGCGGCGGAGGUGGAGGACGAGAGUGUUUUAAUUGCGGUGGUGUUGGACAUUUAGCUAGAGAUUGCAGUAGCGCCGUCGGAGCCGGUGGCGGUGGUGGUAGCGGCGGCGGCGGCGGUUGUUACAACUGCGGAGGAUUUGGUCAUUUGGCUAGGGAUUGCAGUAUCGCCGCCGGUGGCGGCGGCGGCGGUGGAGGUUGUUAUAACUGCGGAGGGCUUGGUCAUAUGGCUAGGGAUUGUAACCGCGGCGGACGAGGCAGUAAUGGCGGUGUUGGUGGAGGAGGAGGAUGUUAUAAUUGUGGUGAGGUAGGGCAUUUGGCCAGAGAGUGUACCGUUGGAGCCACUGGAGGUGGCGGUGGUGGCCGCAGUUACUCAAGAUCUUCUGGUGGUGGUGGAAACUGUUACAAUUGUGGUGAGGCUGGGCACUUUGCUAGAGAAUGUCCAACUAACUCUUGAAGAAUGAAGUCACAAAAGGUUGUCCUCAAAACUAGCUUGUUAUGAUAUUUUGAGGUACAUUUGGUUAGUUUUUUUAGCUUUUUCUGUUAAUUGGCCUAUUCAUUGGAAGAUUUUAUUUGUGGCACAAUCCUUUGAAUAUACAUAUAGGGGCUGGUUAGUGGUUACUAGUCUCAGUUUUGUUCAUGAAGAUUGGGGUUAUCUCUUUGUUAUGCUAAUUUUGUUGAUUGCUUGAUUA